AUGCUUUUGUGCAUUCAUUUCAUAAAGACAGCACUAAUUUCUUCUUCUUCUUCUUCUUUUCUUUCUUUCUUCUUUUUUUCUUUCUUCUCCUCCUCCUUCCUCUUUUCUUCUUCUUCUUUUUUCCUCCUUCUUUUUUUUUCUUCUUCUUCUAUUUCUUCUUUAUUCUUUCUUCUUCUUUUCUUCUUUUUUUCUUUUUUCUCCUUCUUUUAUUUCUUCUUCUUUUUCCUCCUUUUUUUUUUCUUCUCCUCCUCGUCUUUCCUCUUCUUCUUUAAUUUUUCUUCUUUCUCCUCCUCCCUUUUCCUCCUCCUUCUUCUUUUCCUUUAUUUUUUCUUCUAUUCCUCCUCCUCCUCGUCCUCCUCCUUCUUCUUCCUCCUUCUUUUUUCUUCUUCUCCUAAAAUGUUUUUCCUCUUUCUUUUCUUCUUCUUCUUCUUCUUUCUUUUCUUUUUUUCUUCUUCUUCUCCUAGAAAGUCCUCUUUCUUCUUCUUCUUUCCUUCUUUUUUCUUCUUCUUCUUCCUUCUUCUUCCUCCUCCUUUUUUUUCUUCUUCUUCUUCUUCCUCCUCCUCUUUCUUCUUCUUCUUCUUUUUUUCUUCUUUUUCUUCUUCUUCUCCUCCUCCUUCGUUUUCUUCUUCUUCUUCCUCCUCCUUUUUCUUCUUCUUCUUCCUCCUCCUUUUUUUCUUCUUCUCCUCCUUCCUCCUCUUUCUUCUUCUUCUUCCUCCUUUUUUUUCUUCUCCUCCUCCUCCUCGUCCUUUUCUUUCUUCUUCUUCUUUCUUCCCUCUUUUCUUCUUUUCUUUUUCUCUUCUUCUCCUCCUCCUCGUCCUCCUCUUUCUUCUUCUUCUUCUUCCUCCUUCUUUUUUUCUUCUUCUCCUCCUCCUCGUCCUCCUCUUUCUUCUUCUUCUUCUUUUUCUUCUUCUUCCUCUUUCUUCUUCUUCUCCUCCUCCUCGUCCUCCUCUUUCUUCUUCUUCCUCCUUCUUCUUCUUUUUUUUUUCUACUUCUCCUCCUCCUCUUCCUCCUCCUUCUUCUUCUCCUUCUUCUCCUCAUUCACAUAAAUAA